CGGCGGCGGCUCUCCCGCUGCCCGCCAUGGCGGCCCCACUGCGCCUGCGCCGAGCGGCCGCCCCGGCAUCCGGAGAGCCCGCGGCCGCGGCCAUAGAGCGGCGGAAGCGCGGGCAGAGCGUCCCGCCCGCAGGACAGCACCAUGGCCUCCCGCGGGGGUCCCCGCGCCCCCGGCACCGACGGCAGCGACUUCCAGCACCGGGAGCGCGUGGCCUCGCACUACCAGAUGAGCGUGACCCUCAAGUCGGAGAUCAAGAAGCUGAUCUACACGCACGUGGUCAUCUGGCUGCUGCUGCUGGCCCAGAUGUGCGUGGGGCACCUCAAACUGCUGCCCCACGACCAGGUAGCCAUGCCCUACCAGUGGGAGUACCCCUACCUGCUCAGCAUCCUGCCCUCUCUCCUGGGCCUGCUCUCCUUCCCCCGCAACAACAUCAGCUACCUGGUGCUCUCCAUGAUCAGCACCGGCCUCUUCUCCGUGGCUCCCCUCAUCUACGGGGCCAUGGAGAUGUUCCCCAUGGCGCAGCAGCUCUACCGCCAUGGCAAAGCUUACCGCUUCAUCUUCGGCUUCUCGGCCGUCUCCGUCAUGUACCUGGUGGUGGUGGUGGCCGCACAGGUCCAUGGCUGGCAGCUCUACUAUAGCAAGAAGCUACUGGACUCCUGGUUCACUAGCACGCAGGAAAAGAAGAAGAAAUGAGUGGGAAUGGGUGGGCUCCGUGAGGUGCUGAAGCUCUGCAGCUCAGUCCUGUGGGGCGGCGCUGGCGCGGCUCCGGUGGGUGGGGGGCCCCCGGGGACUAAGCUGUGGGUGUCUGAGCCACGCCACGGCCCCGGGCUCGCACGUAACGGGGAGGGGGGGAAUCCCCGAGGGCUGGGGCCGUGGAGGAUUCCCUGGGGUACGUUCCCCUUCGUCUGCGUGUUACUCUAUGAAAAUAAAGCACCGUCCGCGCUCCCA